AUGCAAGGCUUUCAUGAAUGGUCUACAAUUGUUUACAAUGAUGUUUCUGACCAAAGUUCUCAGUCAGAUUCUAGUUCUGACAAUUCGGACCAUCUUGAUAUGCCUAUCCCCCCAUUCUCAAACCCCAGUACUGCUCCUCAUGAACAAAACUGCAUGUCCUCAACUCCGGAUGUUGCCCAACAGGUUCUAUCUGUUCUUGACCAUAUGAGAAAUAUAGGGAUUACUUUAGCUGAGUUUUUGAAUGCUCUCAGUUGGGGAAAUGAUGCAUGCAUCACAGAUCCUAGAAUUCAAGGACAGCAGACACAGCUUAUGAAGAGAGCCAAAGGAGGUCGGAUAGCACUGGCCAAAUUCAUGCAAGAGACCUGGCCCAUGGUGUUGAAUAAUGAAAUGGAGAGAUUGGCAGUGUACUUCAUUUCUUCAUCCAAAGAAGAAGAUGAUGUCUUGGAGAAAAGUCUCACCAGUUUAGACUUCCCUACUAUUAUCAAAAAGAUUCGUGAAGAAGCUGUACCCAAUCUCUGGGUGACAUUACAUUCCCUGGCUUACACUCCUACACAAGACCAUAGAAAUUGUAAGAAGGAUCCUGAUACCAUAGGUCGUUCUCAUGAUAAUUUCCAUGAUGUCCUAUACAUGCUCUCACAAAUGUAA